CACCAGCCUUGGUCACGCACGGCGUGAUCCGAAAAUGAGCGAGCCGCCAACAGUGAAGGGAAUUGCCGAGGUAGCGCCGCGUUCGGAUGCCACCGAAGGCGUCGGCCAGAUGACAACCUACUCAGUGGCCUUGAUAAUGACAACCGCCGCCCUCGGUGCUGGACUCCUGCAUUUCCCUGCAGCCUACAAUAUCGCGGGAGGCAUCCUCAUGGCCACGGUCUUGCAGCUGAUCCUGGUGGUUUCCAUCGGAGGUACUAUUCUGACCUUGGCAUUUUGUGCCGAUGUCAAAAACGACCGCACUUAUCAAGGCAUCCUGCUGUCCAUGUGUGGGUCGAAAUGGCGCUACGCGUCGGCGGCGUCCGUCUUGUUGACCUGCUACGGCGUCUGCGUAACCUACCUGAUAAUCAUUGGUGAUCAAUACGACCGCAUGUUCGCUUCGCUUCAUGGACCAGACUUCUGCCACACGUGGUACAUGGCCCGGGAGUUCACCAUCACGCUAACUGCUGUCGCCAUCGUGCUGCCCCUGAGCAUGCUCCAGCACAUAGAGUUCCUCAAGUGCGCCAGCAGCCUGGGCUUAGUGGCCGUGCUCUACCCUUGCGUCUUGACGGGCAUCGCGUACUUCACCGAACCUCGGCCGGACGAUUUGUACAUCAAGGUGUGGCCAACAAGCGUACGUGACGUUUUUCUCAGCACUCCCGUGUUUUGCUUCGCCUACCAGAGCCACGAGGUGGUGAUUUCAGCCUACGCAGCCAUGCGCCAGCGCUCGAUGUGGAACAUGGCUCAGGCGAUCGCAAUCUGCACGGCCAUCCUCUUCGUCAUCUACUCCACGGUGGGCUGCUUCGGCUACCUGACCUACGGUGCAUCCGUGCGGCCUGAUAUCAUGGAGAUGUUCGACGCCACACAGGCUUGGGUGCUCAUCGGCCUGCUGGCGCUCAUCUUCAAGAUGGCCGUCACCUACCCGCUGCCGGCGCUUUGUGCAAGGGAUGCAAUCGAGGAGUUGUACCUGGAGCUGCGCGGAGGUCCACCCGAAAACCGGAAGGAAAUGCACGCCCGCAAGACGAAGCUCAGCCUCGCCUGGUUCGCCAGCACCGUGGGUGUAGCCAUAUUGCCUUUGGACAUCGGUGUGGCCAUCAAGUUCCUUGGAUGCCUGGCCGCGCUCAACGUAUUUGUGUUUCCCGGCAUGUGCCUCCUGGGCUACACCCAGCUGAAGGGUGCCUCGACCACCUACCUGCACUGGCACAUGCUUUUCGGCGCCCUCAUGGUGUUUGUGGGGGCCGUCCUAUUCGUCGUGGUUUUGCUGCAUGUCGUGCUCGUCGAUCUCGUCUCCGGACACGCCAACCACCUCUGCUCCUGACAGCGACCAGUCGACAUAUUUCUCCUCUGCUAUAUCUACGCUAUAACAAUUUGGAGGUGCGCGUUGG